UUCGUGGAAAACGUUGGACCAAGAGAACCAAUAAUAAGUUUUGUACGUCCAUAACAUUAUUGAAGUAUUAUAUAUAUAUACAUAGGUAUUAUUUUUGUUUAGUAUAUAAUAUAAUAUAAAGGAGGGGAUAAAAAAAAAGAAAAAAAUGGAGUCAUCACCAGGAGGAGGAGGAAGUGCAACAAAAUCAUUGAUGGACAAUCUUUUGGGUCUUUUGAGGAUCAAAAUAAAGAAAGGAGUUAACCUUGCUGUUCGUGAUGUACGUACAAGUGAUCCUUAUUGUGUUGUCAAGAUGGGUAAAAAACAGAAACUGAAGACACGAGUUAUAAAGAAGGAUAUUAAUCCUGAAUGGAAUGAAGAUUUGACCCUCUCUGUUUCUGAUCCCAGUCUUCCUGUUAAACUGACUGUAUACGAUCACGACACAUUCAGCAUGGAUGACAAAAUGGGAGAUGCAGAGUUUGACAUCAAAUCAUUUGUAGAGGCACUGAAGAUGAACUUACAUGGGCUACCAUCUGGCACUGUAAUUACAAGAGUACUGCCUUGCAGGACAAACUGUCUUGCUGAAGAGAGUCGAGUUAUUUGGGAUGAUGGUAAAGUUGUGCAAGAUAUGAUUCUAAGGUUGAGAAAUGUUGAAUGUGGAGAAGUUGAACUACAGCUUCAAUGGAUUGACCUUCCUGGUAGUAAGAUUGGGUAGAAAUUAAUCAGGAUGUUUACUUUGCUUGGAACCUGUUUUUUCUGUUCCUAUAAUUUAAUGGUUUGUGGGAUUUGAAAUUGAAGUUUGAUAUAUAUAAUAUAGAUCAAGUUUGAUGAAGACCUUUUCACUCUGCACUUGUAUGUGCACAAGGUUUGUAGCUUAGUGGAUAUGGGGUUUGAAAGUUUAUCUUUUUAGUCAUGUUAUUCAAUGGAAUUACUUAUGUUA